AUGGAUCCUCUAGUGGUGGACAACUCUGUCAAUAUCAACAGUGACCUGUCGAAGCCAAAUCUCCCUCAGUCCUUCGCCACAGCUAAGAUCUCAUCCAUACAUGAAAUCCAUCCAAGUGGAACAACCAAUUCGUUUCAAUCGAAUUCCAGCUCACAAGUCGCGGCGCAGCGUGAGAGCAGCAGAUGUCUGGAAUCCAAAAUUGCAGCGCUCAACUCGAUCGAGCUCGAUAGGACCCAGCUUGAUCAGAAUGUCGUCGGACCACGUUCUGAUAGUGCCAGUCCGCCUCUGCGGAUGGAGAAAGAUACCUCGUCGACGAAAGACAUAUUUGCCCAGCAUCGACAUCUGAUCGAAUGGGUUCUGACAAACAACGGCUAUUUUCAUCCCGAUGCCCAGAUUGCUUUCAGCUCAAGAAAAGGAUUUCAUGCCGUCGUGACUACCAAUACGACUAUGCCAUCUGGUGCACGGAUCGCGAGUUGUUCGAUGGAAGUCACAUUGUCAGUCUUGAAUGCUCUUGACGUGAAACCGUUUUCCAGUCAUGGAACUCGCUUCCCUACACCUUUCCUUCUUGCAGAAGCCAAGCGCCCGGAAUCUUUGCAAUCUUUCUUCUUGAUGGAACAACUGGUGCUAGGAGAUAAAUCGUGGUGGUAUUCGUACAUUGCUUCAUUGCCUACAGUCAAAGAAGUCAACACUCAACAAUUCGACCAAGCUGAAGAUGUGAUAUGGCUUGAAGGGACCAAUCUGAAGAAAGCAUUCGAAACACAGUCGAAUAAGUGGCGGCAAUUAUAUGAGCACGGGCUUGACCACCUUACACGUUUGAAAUGGCCUCAUGCGCUUGAUCAAAGCUAUACAUGGGAACGGUUCCGGUGGGCUGCGACAAUAUUUGGAAGCCGUUCCUUCACCUCUCAAGUCCUUGAUGAUACACUACCCGCAGACCUGGCUCGCCACGACCGGCUCAGCAAACAAACGGGACCGUAUGAUGUUAUCAACCUCUUCACGGAAAGAUUUGGAGUGUUGUUACCACUUCUUGACAUACUCAACCACAGACCUGCUGUCCAAGUCGAGUGGCUUGCCCGAUACAGUUUUGUUGGGCUCCAGGUUUUGCAACCAUAUGAGGCAGGCCAAGAACUGUGCAACAACUAUGGACCCAAAGACAAUGAAGUUCUCCUCUUGUCCUAUGGAUUCACAAUCCGAGACAAUCCAUUUGAUCAUUACGUGAUCAGUAUCAACGCACCUCCAGGGUCUCCCUUGAGCGAAGUUCGAAAAUGGAAGAAGGAUAACAGAUCGGACCCACUUUCACGAUGCUUCAUCUUUGAUUACCGUCAUCCAACGACGACAUCAGCUAUUGCUAUAGAACUAUCGGUGUUUUCAUUCGAUCUGCUCGACAAUGUGUCCGUUUUGUGCGCUAAUGAACGCGAACAGGGGAUCAUGCAGUCACAUCAACAAACUCUGAUGAGCCUUUUCUUGCCUUUUGAAGACACUCCUUGUUUUCCAGAUGGCCGAAUUAUCCUGGCAACAUUAAGCCAGUUACUACUUGACUGCACCGCUCGAGCAAGUCGGCUGAAAACCACGGACCCAAACACUCAUGAACCUGGGCUGACAGCCAGAAAUUCGAGACAGAAGAAUGCAAAGGUGUAUCGGGACAGUCAACUUCAGAUUGUUGAGACCGCAGCCGCUGUGUGUACAUUCGUCCUGAAGGGUGCCGUCCAAGACAUGAAAGCCAAAGACAUUUUGGAAGAGAUGCAGCAUGAUUUGCCAACGACUAUUGCCCAAAGUCUACAAACUCUUGUCACUCAUUACGACAAAAGGCUUACACGACCUUUUGAACUCUUGUCGGUUGCGUCAGUUAUUGACAUGUUACCUAAGAGCGUCUCAUCAGGAAUAGUACAAUGCUUGAGCGAGCUUGAGGCUUGUCUCGGAACUCAAAGCGGUCCACAAAGGAAGGCGGUUCUGGAUAAGAGCAAGUUUGCCAUCAUACUAUCUGCACUAUACAGCGAGUUAGAUCAAGGAAUCCAGCUUCGACGCCGCGUCAGAUCGUGGCUUGAGCAGUUAGUGCAAUGGUAUCCACUUGAUGCAGACUCAUGGGCGUAUGUCCCGACUGAUGAGGAAGAGCCACCACCUGCCUUGAUGAAUCUUCUUCGAUGUGGGGGACAUAUGUCAUCGACGGUUUCCGAUUUCAACACAAAGCAAUGGCUGCGACCGGAUCGAAUCUGUUGGGGUUGGAAUGUGAUGGAGGAACAGAUAGUGCAAGUGCCAACUAGUGUUUUUCACGCUCCAGCUGCAAAGGUAUCUUCAACUGAAGACAACCCUGUUACUGUGGUACUCUAUUGGGAGCAAUGCUGA